AUUCUAUCAGUCUAGUGAAAACAUCUGGGCAAGAUUUGUUGAAAGUCUUUGAAUGGCUGAAAUCUCACCUCCCUCUCUCGUGGAAAAUCAUCAACUAUCUGACCAAGCCUAGGUGUACUUGUUAUUUCUCUCCCAAUCCUGUACAUGCGGAAAUGUUACUGACGUGGCCAGGUUUCAUCGACUGGUCAGAACCAUGCAUUUUUGAAAUGCUGUCCAACGACAACGCCGCUGUUGUGGGUGCUGUUAGUAAAACCAACAACGGCACAGACUCGUUUUCACGUACAAUCCGGUGCAUAGCAAUAGUGGCUAACCCUGGAGAUGUUGAACUAAGACCAGUCCCUCGUGACCUCACCAUGAGAGAUCUGGACCCACUGACCGACACAGAUCUGGUGAUCAGCACGUGGAAAUACUCUCGCGCUCAUGCCGAUGAGUUUGUCAGGGCACUGAUCACUCACUUCCCGUCUGUGGGCUUGUUUGACCAAAACAACCAAUGUCUAGGGUUUGAGCUGACCCUGCAGGACGAAACCACUGGUUUACUGUACGUCUUGCCGGAAGCUCGAGGUCGUGGCCUGGCAAAGGUCAUCAUCAGCCAAUUAGCGCACAAGAAUUUCGCCCUGGGUCUUCCAGCCGCCGCGCUGGUUGUCUCUGGCAAUGCCACAUCCUUGAAGCUGCAUCUAGAUCUCGGAUUCAGAAUUCUGUGUGAGCUCACUUAUGUGUUGCACAUCCCACGAGACAAAUUCAGCGGAGAACUGUAUGGAUUCACAUCUUGA